AUGUUUCAGUUCAAAAACCAUGUUCCUCGAACCUUGGCUCAGCUGCGCUGGCUCUCGCUGCUUGCGUUUGGUCCCGAAGCUUUGGACGCAAAGCACCCACCAUCUUCCCGAAUGCUGCGUGAGACAUGCCCAUCACCCAGGUGUUCGUCCGAGACAUGCAUCUUGUUGCAUAAGAGUCCUAGUUACGCGUGUCUCUGGAGCAGCACUCUCCGCAUUCCCAUCACACGGCCGGCGCACUCGAGCGGUAGCCCUACUUGGCACCUGCGCAAGCUUGGAGUUCUCUGCGCCGAGGGUGUGCUUGAGGUAUCGUCGGUGCGUUCCACGCGCGCUAAAACGCAGACCCGCUGUCUGUCCGUGCCUCUCGGUCAUGGCGCUGACGGUCGCACCUCGUUGUUGCUGUAA